AUGAUUGUUGGCCCCACUAAAGCAUUGUUUAUGGAUGAAAUAUCAAAUGGAUUAGAUAGCUCAACUACGUACCAGAUUGUUGCUUGCCUUCAGCAGUCGGCACAUGUUACAGAUGCCACUAUACUUGUAUCGCUGCUUCAACCAGCGCCAGAGAUCUUUGAUCUCUUUGAUGAUAUAAUCCUGAUGGCUGAGGGUAAAAUUGUUUACCAUGGGCUCCGAAGUUCUGUCAUAGAACUCUUUGAAAGCUGUGGGUUCACUUGUCCUGAAAGGAAAGGGGUGGCUGACUUCCUCCAGGAGGUUAUAUCGGAAAAAGAUCAAGCACAGUACUGGUAUGGAACUAGAGAAACAUAUAAAUUUGUGUCAGUUGAUAUGUUUUCGAGAAAAUUUAAUGAAUCUCUUCAAGGAAAAAAGCUGAAUGAAGAACUUUCUGUUUCGUAUGAUAAAUCAAAGAGUCAUAGAAAUGCUAUAACAUUUCGUGACUAUUCACAUCCUAAAUGGGAACUCUUUCGUGCUUACUUGCAGUUUUCUAUAAACAGAACGACUUGUGCUUUUACCCAGCAUGGGGCAUAUGCAAUUCCUGCUACAAUUCUCAAGUUUCCUCUUUCUCUAUUAGAAUCUGUCAUUUGGACAUCUAUGACCUAUUAUGUCAUCGGUUUUAGCCCUGAGACUGGGAGAUUCUUCCGACAAUUGCUUCUAUUAUUUUCUCUGCACAUGGCAUCAAUCUCCAUGUUCCGUUUCGUGGCAUCUUUCUUCCGGACUAUUGUUUCUUCUGCAUCUGUUGGGAGUUUAUUAAUCACAUUCCUCUUUUUAUUCGGCGGAUUCAUAAUACCAAAACCUUCAAUGCCGGUUUGGCUGAAAUGGGGAUUUUGGAUUUCUCCGAUGACAUAUGGUGAGAUAGGUGUUUCUGUAAAUGAAUUUCUUGCCCCAAGAUGGCAAAAGAUGCUCCCUACAAACAUGACUAUAGGGAAUGAAGCCCUUGAAAGUCGUGGUUUAAACUUUGAUGGAUAUUGGUAUUGGAUAUCAGUUUGUGCCUUGUUUGGCUUUACAAUGCUGUUUAACGUUGGUUUCACCUUGUCCUUAACUUUCUUUAAAGCUCCUGUUUCUCGUGCCAUUAUAUCUAUGGAGAAAUACUCCCAAAUAGAAGGAAGUGGAGAUUCUCCUGAUAAAGCUGACGCAAUAGAAAAUUCCAAAACCACAAAUCCUGGCACCACAAUGGAAUCUCAUGAAAGAGCAGGAAGAAUGGUUCUACCUUUCGAACCCCUAUCUCUCGUGUUUCAAGAUGUUCAGUACUAUGUUGACACUCCUGCGACAAUGAAGGAGCUCGGUUUCACUCAAAAUAGACUCCAACUUCUUUCGGAUAUUACCGGCGCACUUAGACCUGGUAUCCUUACAGCCCUUAUGGGUGUCAGUGGUGCUGGAAAAACGACCCUCCUUGAUGUUCUUGCUGGUAGAAAAACAAGUGGUUAUGUUGAAGGAGAAAUAAAAGUUGGUGGGUAUCCUAAAGUUCAAGAGACAUUCGCUAGAGUUUCAGGUUACUGUGAGCAGACAGAUAUAUAUUCUCCUCAGAUAACUGUAGAAGAAUCAGUUAUAUUUUCUGCCUGGCUACGACUUCAUCCUCAGAUUGACGCCAAAACGAAAUAUGAGUUUGUGAAAGAAGUCCUUGAGACCAUUGAGCUAGAUGGAAUAAAAGACAUGUUGGUUGGCAUGCCGGGUGUUAGUGGGCUUUCAACUGAACAACGUAAACGACAUACAAUUGCUGUGGAGCUUGUUGCAAAUCCCUCAAUUAUCUUCAUGGAUGAACCCAUAACAGGGUUGGAAGAAGGUCAGCUGCAAUUGUCAUGCGGGCUGUGAAAAAUGUUGCUGAUACUGGAAGAACAAUAGUUUGCACCAUCCACCAGCCAAGCAUUGACAUAAGUGAAGCAUUUGAUGAGGUAAGAUGUAUGGACGGAGCAAUUGCUUAGUACUGCAAAAAUUCCCUCUUUAGUUUGAAUGACUUUCUGGUAUGCAAACACUGCUUGAUUGCCUGUAGUAAUCCAUAUAUUUAAUGGUUCCGUGAAUAGAGAGUUUUUUUCAAUGUA